GUGACUCGGUGGCCUUCAAGAAUAAUGACAUUAGGCAAAAAUCCGUUCUUGGUAUUCAACAUCUGUCAAAAUCACAACCAAAAUCGAGGAAAUAAUAAUAAAUUAUAUAGCAGCCUGCAAAAUCUCUAUUUCAAAAUUCUCAAACCCUGCAAGCAUUUUUUAUUGAAUCAGUGUAAUUAUUGUAAAAUUCAAAUUUAGUGUAGAAAAAAAUGGUUUUUCUUUUGUAGAGAUGAUCAAGAUUUAGUGGGAAUUUCAAGAAAUUGGUGAAGAGAGCUGAUGUUCAGCUGAAAACAGGUUGGAUUUUGGGUCUUAUUUAUUGAGUAAUGUAAUGAUCAAAGGAAAUUCAUUUGAUUUCUAGGGUUUAUUCUUCAAUUCAAUUUUUGUAGGGAAAUUGCUAAAACAUGUGUAAUAUAGUAGGAUUGGGAUUCAUUUGAUUCCAUAUAAUUUCCAUUUAUAUGAAUCUGGGAAUAAAAUUGGAAGAUUUUGGAGCAAUUUUGAUGUGCAAAUGUCUUCAUCAAUUUCAGAGAAGAAGGUUAUGCCAUCAAGGCAUCUUUCUUGUCUCAUAGCAAUCUCAGUGUUUCUUUUGAUCUCAUCAACACUGUCCCUUAUCGAGUUCCGUCAUUCUUCAGCGCCUAGCCCGGUUUUCCCGUUUAUAAGCUUGAGCAAUGCAUCACCGGCUGGCUCGAACUUGAGUAGAGAAGGCAGUAAACAGGGGAGUCGUGUUCUUGAUAGAGCGAAUUUAGUUAGUGAGCUCAACUCACAGGGCUUGUCUUGUGACGUAGAGCGGGCUCUUCUUAGGGUAUAUAUGUAUGACUUGCCUCUCGAAUUUCAUUUCGGGUUGCUAGGCUGGAGGGAGAACGAGGAUCAUCAAAUUUGGCCUAGCAUUGAUGGAAGGGGCGUAAUCCCGUCUUACCCCGGUGGUUUGAAUCUGCAGCAUAGCGCGGAGUAUUGGCUCACUCUCGACCUUCUUGCAUCGAAUGGCGCGGAUGUGGCCAGGCCGUGUAGUGCGAUCAGAGUCAACAACUCGAGAGAAGCUGAUGUAAUUUUUGUGCCCUUUUUCUCGUCUUUGAGCUACAACCGGCACUCAAAGCGACAGGGGAAGCAGAACGUUAGCCUCGACAGGAUGCUGCAGGAACGGCUCGUUUUGUUUCUGAAGGGCCGGAGCGAGUGGAAGCGAUUUGGUGGGAGAAAUCAUCUGAUUUUGGCUCAUCACCCGAAUAGCAUGCUGCUUGCUAGGGACAAGCUGGGGUCGGCUAUGUUCGUGCUCGCUGAUUUUGGGAGAUAUCCGCCUGAAAUAGCGAAUGUCGAGAAGGAUGUGAUUGCCCCAUACAAGCAUAUGGUGAGAACGAUUCCGGCUGCUGAUUCUGCCCCUUUCAGUGAGAGGCCAAUAUUGGCCUAUUUUCAAGGAGCAAUUUAUCGGAAGGAUGGUGGAGCUAUUCGUCAAGAGCUAUUCUACCUUCUUAAAGACGAGAGCGACGUGCACUUCACAUUCGGGAGCGUCCAAGCGCACGGGAUCAGCAAGGCGGGCAAGGGAAUGGCCUCGUCCAAGUUUUGCCUAAACAUCGCCGGAGACACCCCUUCGUCCAAUCGCCUGUUCGAUGCCAUCGCAAGCCACUGCGUCCCCGUGAUCAUCAGCGAUGAGAUUGAGCUACCGUACGAGGAUGUUCUCGACUACUCGGAGUUCUGCAUAUUCGUCCGUGCAUCGGAUGCCGUGAGCAGCAACGGCUACCUCCUGAAUCUUCUCAGAGGCAUCAAGCAAGAGGAGUGGACCAAAAUGUGGGAGAAGUUGAAGGCGAUUGCUGGACAGUUCGAGUACCAGCACCCAUCUCGGCCUAACGACGCUGUCGACAUGAUCUGGCAGACUGUUUACCGCAAGAAAAUGCACACUAAGCUCGAUGUGCAUCGGAGGACUCGCUACCGCAGGGUCAGGACCGGUUGUGAAUAGGGUCCGAUCCCCCUCGGACCGUUCUCUUUUCCGAUUGGUUCGAAUCAAAAGUCAUUGCAGGCGAAUGCGCGGUUUCAAAAGGCACGUCCACUUCCUCUAAGGCCACGAGAAGCCUCCCUCCUCCUCCCCGUCUUAGAGCAAGACCGACGCUUCUUGCCGUGGGAACAGUUAUCGAGAGCAGCCCGACACAGAAGAAUACGAGAAGGGCGAUCCGGUAAGUUGAGCGGCACAUCUUUGAGAGUGAGAUAGAUUCUUUGUCUGAAAAUGAGGGUGCUUGUCUGCUUGCUUAAUGCCUUAUUUGUACUUGAAAUCUAAUGUUGGAUUAAAGCACAAAGUAGAAAAAAGGGUCCCAAAACA